AUGGGUGCUGCUACUAAGGAAGGUGUUGAAGAUGCUGGAGACAACCAAAUCGCUGCUUCCACUCCUUCGAGCCCAGCAUGGUAUCGUCAGAAGCACCUUCUUCAUCUCAACUUCAUCAUUCUGUCUUUGGUCAUGUUCUCAUCGGCAAACGGCUUCGACGGCACUCUCAUGAAUGGCCUUCAGGCCUUGGAUCAAUGGAAUGAAUUCAUGGAUACUCCUACCGGUCCGUGGCUGGGAUGGUUGAACGGCAUCUACUGGCUAGGAUCCGGAGUUGGAUACCCUACUGCUGCAUGGAUUGCAAACCGUUGGGGCCGGAAGCCUGGCGUCUAUCUGGGAUAUCUGUUCCUGGCCCUCGGCUGCGCUCUCCAGACUGCCGCAAACAACGAUAUAGCUUUCAUGAUGGCUCGACUGUUUGUCGGUGUUGCCUCAGCCAUGUUCGGAAACGCCGUUCCCCUUCUCAUUAACGAAAUCGCCUACCCGGAACAUCGCAGCAUCGUUAAUUCCCUUUUCAUGUCGGGCUGGUAUGUCGGUGGAACAGUUGCAGGAUGGGUCAUAUUUGCUUCCCGAACCUACGCCUCAUCAUGGGCAUGGCGUUUGCCUUCUCUACUGCAGGUGCUCGUGCCCUUGAUCGCCCUUCCCGGAUUUUUCCUCGCACCUGAGAGUCCUCGGUGGUUGAUUUCAGUUGGUCGAGAAGAGGAAGCAAAGGAAGUGCUGAUCAAGCACCAUGCUGCGGGCGAUCGGUCGUCAGCGUUGGUCGCAGCUGAAUUCACUGGGAUCACGGCGGCAAUCAGCAGUGAACAGGAGGCCCACAGCAGCUCUAGCUACAUGGAGAUGGUCAAGACUCCUGGUAACCGUCGUCGCUUGAUGAUUUCAAUCACUCUAGGCAUCUUCUCUCAAUGGGCCGGUAACGGUGUCGUUUCUUACUACCUCGCCUUGAUUCUUGACACCGUAGGUGUCACCAGCGUCCGGGACCAAACACUCAUCUCUGCGUGCAUGCAGAUGUGGAAUCUGAUAUUUGCCACGAUGGGUGCUUUCUUGAGUGACAAACUCGGUCGACGCGCUUUGUUCAUGGCCUCUGCGUGUACCAUGUUCGUCAGUUUCGUGCUGGUUACGGCGCUGUCGGGAUCGUUCGCUGAAACCGGCCACAAGGGCACAGGUGCCGCUGUCAUUCCAUUCCUUUUUACCUUCUUUGCUGGAUACUGUAUCGCUUUGACUCCCUUCCUCACCGGAUACCCCUGCGAAAUCUGGCCGUUCCGUCUCCGCUCCCGUGGUCUCACAGUGACGUGGGUUGCCGCCAUUUGCGCCAUCUUCUUUAAUACUUUCGUGAACCCCAUUGCUCUAGAGAAGAUUGCUUGGAAAUACUACAUUGUGUUUAUCAUCGUUCUGAUGGUGUUUGGUUUGACUGCCUACUUCUUCUACCCGGAGACAAGGGGAUACAGUUUGGAGCAGAUGGCGGUCAUCUUUGACGGACCCGACUAUGAGGGAAGCAAAGCUGUCGAGAUUAUGGAUGUGGAUGAGAAGAAGAGGGCGUCGUCAAGUAUACACCAGGAGGUUGUCUAG